UUUCAUUUUCAAGUCCCUGACUCAAUCCAACUUCACACCAAUUUUAACACCAACCUACACACAACCUUCCUUACAAUUUUUUUUUAAACCACAUUCUACAACAUCUUGAUUUUGUUUUCAUUUCUUCAAAGUUCGUUUAUCAAAACAAGAUGAAGAUCGAGGUGAGAGAAUCGACAAUGGUUAGGCCGGCUGAAGAGACGCCAAAAAUACGUCUAUGGAAUUCGAAUGUGGACCUAGUGGUGCCGAAUUUUCAUACACCAAGUGUGUACUUUUACCGGCCUAAUGGUGCCACAAAUUUUUUUGACCCAAAGGUGAUGAAAGACGCGUUGAGUAAGGCGUUGGUUCCGUUUUAUCCAAUGGGAGGACGGUUGAAAAGAGACGAAGAUGGUCGGAUAGAAAUUGAUUGUCAAGGACAAGGUGUGUUGUUCGUGGAAGCCGAGUCUGAUGGUGUGGUUGAUGAUUUUGGUGACUUCGCGCCUACGUUAGAGCUAAGGAAACUCAUUCCAGCUGUUGAUUAUACACAAGGAAUUGAAUCCUAUGCAUUACUAGUGUUACAGGUCACUUACUUUAAAUGUGGUGGGGUUUCAUUAGGAGUUGGGAUGCAGCAUCAUGCUGCAGAUGGUGCAUCUGGACUGCACUUCAUCAACACAUGGUCCGAUAUGGCUCGUGGCCUUGACCUAACUAUCCCACCCUUUAUUGACCGAACCCUUCUACGUGCCCGUGACCCACCCCAGCCGGCUUUUGACCAUGUGGAGUACCAGCCCGCUCCGGCAAUGAAAACCGCUUCAUCCACAGAUGACCAAACAGUCCCUGAAACCGCGGUCUCUAUUUUUAAGUUAACUCGAGAUCAACUCAAUGCACUAAAAGCCAAAUCGAAAGAGGAUGGCAACACAAUCAACUAUAGCUCUUAUGAAAUGCUUUCGGGCCAUGUUUGGAGGUCAGUAUGUAAAGCCCGUGGCCUGCCUGAUGAUCAGGACACGAAGCUUUACAUAGCAACUGAUGGGCGAGCUAGGCUUCGCCCAGCACUGCCCCCGGGCUAUUUUGGAAAUGUCAUAUUCACGACCACCCCGAUAGCAGUAGCAGGGGAUCUACAGUCCAAGCCUACUUGGUACGCUGCUAGUAAAAUUCAUGACGCUUUGGCAAAGAUGGACAAUGAUUAUCUAAAAUCAGCACUUGAUUACUUGGAACUGCAGCCUGAUCUAAAGGCCCUGGUUCGUGGUGCUCAUACCUUUAAAUGCCCGAAUCUUGGGAUAACUAGCUGGGCUAGACUUCCUAUCCAUGACGCGGAUUUUGGAUGGGGUCGACCCAUAUUCAUGGGGCCGGGUGGGAUAGCAUAUGAAGGGUUGAGCUUUGUGUUACCAAGCCCGGUUAAUGAUGGGAGCCUUUCUAUUGCUAUUUCGUUGCAAGCCGAACACAUGAAGCUUUUCAGUGAGUUCCUGUAUGAUAUAUAAAUGACUAAUUACUUACUACCCAUAAAACUUUUCCAAGACACAUUGUUGUAUGUCAGUGGAGGCUGAAACAGUUUUUCAUCAGCUUAUCGGCUUAUUACUUUUAUGUCAAUACAUAUGUGAUUAAGUAUGGUCUUUUAUAUACAAAAAACAUAUAUGUUCAUCAUCACAAAUACAGUUACAGAUAAACCUUCUUGAGAAACAUCCAAAGUUGUAAUUUUAGAAGGUGAAAAGGAGAACAAAAUAGGGUCCAAAAGUGACCGCAAUAGACCUUGUAAGCUUAGAUUGUGCUUUAUUUUGUGGAACACGGUGAUUGCGAUUCA